AUGUCGCAUGUCUUUAUCCGUCGGGCCUCCACAACACUUCGCCUGCCAGAGACAGUCCUGAUCGUAUGGACCUCCAACACGGCGAGCGACACCUCCAUGGCCGAUGUCCGGCUUCACACCUCAAAAAUCCAUGGUUUAUGGAAACAAACAUUCACACUUCAUCAUCUCACCUUCACAUUCACACCUCCACGAUACUGUCGCGACGAUGGUGAGACUUUACAAGGUCCCUGGGUGAUGUUCGCUGCACAGCCGUGCGGUCUGGCCUUGCAUUGGCCUGGCGUGAAGGGUAUACCUUCCUCACCUGUAUGGGACGAACCUCGAAAUGGCACAAGUGCCGAAUCUCCCUUCGUGAGCCUGUUCGACGAGGCGUUCGAACGCGCCGAAUCUCCUUUCGUGAACCUUCUCGAAGAGGCCGCCGAAGGCAUCGAAUUUCCUUCCGUGGACCCAUCGAAAGCUACCGGCAUGGCCUUCAUUCAUGUGCAAGAGCUUCAGGGUGCCAAGUAG